AUGGCAGGUGAGAGAGUCGAGCUGAGCUCGCCUUUGGGGUUCAAUGGCACUUUCACGGACACGGAUCUACUCGAACUGGUCCACUUCCACUAUGCCUGGGUUCUGUUUGUUGUGUUCUUGACGGCAUUCGUGACCAACAGCAUCCUCUCUGCCGAGCGUUCGUCGGAGUCGAAAGGACCUGUUUUAUUGGGACCUGGUGGAAAGCCGCUACCGACCUCCAUUGCUCGAAAGAACAAGGAGGAACGAGAAAAGAACAAGAAGCUUAAGGAUUUCAGCCGUGGUCGAAAGUUGCUCUUUCUUUACCUCUCCAUUGGCCUCCUUGCGACCUUCGUGGCCAAUGCGAUCAAUAUAAUUGUCCAUGCUCUCACUGCCAGCGAGGAUGGUUGGUGGUGCGGUGAAGCCACUGCUGUAUACGUUUGUGCCUCCGUCUUCUUCUACAGCAUCUUCCUCAUCUCGAUGGUUGAUACAACACCGUCUCCAAACAUUGCCCAUCAAAUCACAUGGGUCAUGGCGACAAUCGGAGAACUGGUGCUGCUAGGAGGCACGCUAGCUCUCUAUACCAAGCCUCAUAGAGACAACAACUCUUUAACACGAGACAUGACGCACGACAAUAAGAGUAUAUCCAAUACACCCAACGAGUGGGAGGUUGUAGAAAUCAUUGCCGACACUUUACGAGCCAUCAUUCUCCUGUUCUUGGUUAGCUUCUACCUCAUCUUCUCACUCGAACGUCUGUAUAAAGCCAGGAGUGGUAGACGUGAAGAGCUUGACGAAAAUUCCCCCCUACUUGUCAAUGGCCACGCAAAUGGAAAUGGAUAUGUCCGUGGGAAUGGGUCUAUUCAGAACGGGCAUGCUCAUGGAUCCGGAUCAGAGAAUGCAACUCCGCAAAAUGGACAUGCUGAUGGCACUGCUCAUCGAUUGACCAAUGGUGACACUGGUACAGGGGAUACCCGUCGGAACAUGGAUGAGAACCCUGCCUUCUACAAGCCUACUACUGCCCCCAACAGGACAUGGUGGGAGUACCUUAAAGGAUAUUCUCUCUUCUUCCCAUACUUGUGGCCCAGCAAGUCUUUCAGGCUCAAGGUUGUGGUCGUCAUUUGCUUCUUUAUUGUCAUUCUUCAAAGAAUGGUGAACAUGGCAGUCCCCCUCCAAGUCGGCAAAGUGACAACCGAAUUGAGCAAAUCGGGCGCCAAAAUGCCUUGGCUUUCAAUUUCUCUCCUCAUUGGCUUCAAAUUCUUACAAGGUACCUCUGGGAUCCUUGGAGCUGUGAGAUCGGUCCUCUGGAUCCCUAUCUCACAAUACUCCUACAAGGCAUUGUCUACAGCUUCCUUUGAGCAUGUUCACAGUCUCAGUCUGGACUUCCAUCUGGGCAAGCGUACUGGAGAGGUGCUCUCUGCCUUGAGCAAAGGCAAUGCGAUCAACAACUUCCUGGAGCAAGUCACAUUCUCAAUGCUACCUAUGAUCUUUGAUCUUGGGGUAGCUAUUGUGUACUUUGGCGUUGCGUUCGACGCAUACUACGCUCUUGUAGUCGCCAUCAUCACUUUCUCGUACCUGUAUCUGACCAUCCGCAUGGCCCGAUGGCGCUCUGAUCAGCGGAGACAAAUGACGAAUUUGAGUCGCGAGGAGGAUGCUGUCAAGAACGAUUCUCUGACUUCAUACGAAACCGUCAAGUACUUCAAUGCUGAGGACUACGAAUUCGAACGCUACCGGAAGGCCGUUUCGGCGUUUCAGAAGAUGGAAUACAAGGUCACUAUAUCCUUGAACAUCUUGAACAUCUCUCAGAACAUGGUUUUCAUGACGGGUCUUCUGGUAACGUCGUUCAUCGCUGCAUACCAAGUCACGACAGGCCAGCGUGAUGUAGGUGACUUCGUGACUCUCCUCACUUACAUGGGACAACUCCAGCAACCACUGAAUUUCUUCGGAUCCUUCUACCGCAGCGUCCAAAGCGCAAUGAUCAGUGGCGAGCGACUUCUGGAGCUCUUCAAGGAACAACCAACUGUUGUUGAUGAUCCAAGUGCCGUCGAAAUGAAAAGCUGCGAAGGGCAAAUUGACUUCAAGGAUGUCAAGUUCUCCUAUGAUAAGCGAAAACCGGCUCUCGAGAAUCUCAGCUUCACUUGCCGGCCAGGCACGACUACUGCGUUUGUCGGUGAAUCAGGCGGCGGAAAGUCAACUGUAUUCAGACUCCUCUUCAGGUUUUAUAAUACUCAGGACGGCAGCAUCCAGUUGGAUGGCAGCGACAUCAAGGGCAUAACCAUCGAUUCUCUCCGACGCCACAUCGGUGUUGUUCCGCAGGACACGAUUCUGUUCAACGAAACCCUAAUGUAUAAUUUGAAGUACGCAAACCAGAACGCCACCGAUGAAGAUAUUUAUAACGCCUGUAGAGCUGCUUCCAUUCACGAUAAGAUUCUGGCUUUCCCAGACGGCUAUGAGACCAAGGUCGGUGAGCGAGGUCUUCGUCUCAGUGGUGGUGAAAAGCAGCGUGUGGCCAUCGCAAGAACUAUUAUCAAGAAUCCCCGCAUUAUCAUGCUUGAUGAGGCAACUGCAGCAUUGGAUUCCGAUACAGAGCAGAACAUUCAAGAAGCAUUGCGAACUCUUUCUGAGGGCAGAACUAUGCUCGUUAUUGCUCAUCGAUUGUCAACCAUCACAAGCGCUGAUCAAAUCCUCGUCCUCCAUGCUGGAAAGGUUGCUGAAUCCGGAACUCAUCAAGAGCUUCUUGAUCGCAAGGGUCGCUAUUAUAACAUGUGGCGAAAGCAGAUCCGUGCUGAACGCGCUGCUGAGCAAGCAUUCCAAAUGGCAGCAAAGGCGAAGGCUCUAAAAGAAGCUGUCAUGGCCCGACCGGGUAGUUCAGGAAACGAAGGCAGUCCUAGCGAGGACGUCAGCGAGACCGAGGGAGACAAUCGUAGCGGCUCGACGUUGGUUACUCCUAGCCACGGUUCCAUUGCUCUUGUUCGUGCAGCUGAAACCUAUAGGACCGCUGCGUCGAUCGACGAUUCCCAUUCCGACGAGAAUUCCGGAGACGAUAAGAUGGAUGAUGGAGAGCGCCCUUCCGGACCCAAACGCGAGGGGAAGUCACCAAAAGCCAAAAAUACCAAUACCAAGUCAGUCCAAGCUGAUGAGGAUGAUGGUAAUUUAGCCGACAAUGACAAAAAGUGA